AGUGGAUCGAAUUUCCGCGCCGUUUAACCCUCUCCCCUGGCGACAUGGGCGCCUCUAGGAAUUGUUUUGAACAGCACGUGGCCGCGAGAAUAGAUAGUGCUGUUCCAUUACUGUUUUUCUUCGAGUUCUAUGAAACUCUAGAUUGAAUUCGGAGUCGAGAUAGACUCUAGCGAUGGCUGAGAUCGCUCUGCGGAAUGUGGAGCAGGGCCUCGAUGAGUUAGAACAGUUGGAGCGGAUUUCUCUCUUCGACCGUCCCGAGACAAAGGCGAUUGUCAAGCGCAGGAAGCACUUCGAAUAUCGUCUCCGGAGAUUCGUCAAAGAUCGCGCUGAUUUUAUCCUCUACAUCAAUUAUGAAAUUUCGCUCUAUCAGCUCAUCCAGAAGCGACGCCAUAGAAUGAAGAUUGCGCACAAAAAAUGCGAAAUCGAACAUGCAAUCACGAGGAGAAUCGAUCUGCUCUUCAGAAAAGCGGAAUAUAAAUUCGCCGGCGAUAUCUCGCUCUGGUUCUCACACAUUGAGUUCUGCAAGUUAGUUGGAUGGAAGUCGCAAGCUUCCGAGGUGUUCACGCGGCUGCUGCAACUCCACCCGAAGAAAUCGGAGACGUGGAUCGCUUGCACGAAGUUCCAGCUUGAGGACUUGGGAGAAACGGAUGUCGCUCGCAAGACGCUGCAGCGAGGCUUGAGAUUUCUGCCGAAAGACGAGGCGAUGUGGAAAGAAUAUUUUCGACUAGAGCUGCACUAUUGGGAGAAGCUCCUCAAACGUCAGGAGGUUUUAGAACUAGACAACGAAUCGGCGCGGGAUGCCAUCUUGGAUGGUGAGAUCGUGAUCAUCGUUUUUUCUAAUGCGAUCGAACAGGUGCCGAAGGCGCGUCUCGCGAUCGAGAUGCUGAGAAUACUCAAGACCGUCGAUGGCACUGAAAAAAUCCGAGCACGCUUGGACACCAUAGUCGAGGAAGCGUUCAAAGAAUCGGAUGAGGCCUUGCUUUGGACUUACAGAGCUAUUAGCAAAGCCACAGUGAAAGAAUGCUUCGAGGUUUUUGAGAAAGCCCUCGUGUCGUGUUCGAAUGUGAGCGCCAUGUGGGAGGAGUACAUCAAGUUUGUUCUGAGAAGAGCUGAGGUGACGUCGAAGCCAAACUAUGUCGAGAAAGCUCUGAGCCUCAUGGAAAGGUGUGGAAGCCUCCUAGGAAGAGAUCUUGCCCUGGAGCGUGUCCGCCUGACGCAGGACACCGCUUAUGCAGAAUCCGCUGCGUCCCGCUACCCGAACGAUGUGGAGGCGUGGUCACUCCUCCUCGCGUUGGAAUGCGAGCGGACCAAGGGUUGGUGACAGUCACUUUUCUUCGCGAUUUCAAAUCAUGAGCAUUCGGAGAAAGUGUGGCAUCUGUUCGAGCGGGCUGAGAUGUCUUGCGCAAGCAAAGAGGACGUUUUGCAUCUCUGGAAACUCGUCAUCCGUCAUUGCCAGGAACAUGACCAGGAUCGACUCGGAAAAGUUCUCGAGAGGGGACUGCUGAAACCUGGCAAGAUCGGGGAGUACGUCAAGGAAAUCCUAGUCACUCGAACUCUGGAUCAGGGCGAUCGAACCCAAGCUCUGAAGCUAUUGGAAAAGCUGCUCACACUGCGGCCUCUGAAUUUGGGAAUCUACGAGAAAUUCUUGCAAUUCUUCUGUGACCACAGACCUACCGUCCGACGCAUCUUCGAAGAAGCUGUCCAUGAACUCGGAGAAGAGAAUGGAGAACUAUGGGUGACCUACAUCCGCUGGGAACAACACUCUGGGAAUCCAGCGAAGUCAGGCCUCUUGUACCAACGUGCGCUAGAUACGCUGCAAGGGUCUCACGUGAGAGAAUUCGUUACGUUGUACACACUCGAGAACAUCACUCAAUAAAGACUUUUUGUGAAGGAUAAUUGAAA